AUCUUCUGGCAAGAGCUACGUCCUCAAGCGAAUGCCCAAGCAUUGCUUUGACCUCUCGAACCGCAUUGCCAAAGACGUACCUUCGAGUCCACGACUUCGCAUGCACGUAGACUGCAAGCGUGACGAAAGCCUCUUGGUCUAUGACUAUUAUUGUGACACCUUCCUUGAGCUUCUCCAGAAUGACCCUGGUUUGAUGCCAGAUGAACGAAUCAAGAUCAUGCAGCGAGUUGCAGAGGCUGUUCAGCAAUUGCACUCGAAGGACUGGGUUCACACUGACAUCAAGCCUGAUAACAUCUUCAUCGAUUACACAUGCGACGAAGAUGGCAACAAAGUCGUCACUAAUGUCGUGCUAGGUGACUUUGACGUCGCAUGCAAACUCAAGGAUCACGAGACUCGCAUCGCUCCUCACGCAGUGGGCAAUGUGAUGUGGCGAAGCCCUGAAGGACACUUCGGCAUGUCAAAUAAGGCCUCCGACAUCUACUCGUUGGGCCUGGUGUACCUCUUUGCACUCGGAGCUGGAGACGGGCUCAUCCUGAACAACUACAAGGAGCUCGAAAAAGCUGGCAUCGAACAGGAGCUGGAAGUGCUGACUCGACACUUCUCAUACUUUGGACCGGUUCCAGAGGGCCUUUACGAGCAAUUUCGAGAUGAGAAAGCGAAGAAGGCGCUACGGAUGGCUUCUGACGUGGCUGACGCAGAGGUCGCUGAACAACCAGAGGCGAGACUGAAGAUCUGGGGAGAGGCGUAUGGCGAGGUUGCCCUAGAUUGCCUCUCUGGCAUGACUAACCUCGAUCCAAAAGCUCGUCUCAAGAUCGAUAAGGUCGUCGCUCAUGCGAUCUGGCAGGAGUCAGCGUCGUUCUGA